CGUCUCUCCAGUUCCAUUUCUGGCUCGUAAUCUCUAAUCACCAGACUAACGGGGUUGAAAAUUUAAUAUUCUAGAUUUAAUUUUUUGUGCAGUUAGACUGUUAUCAUAACUGUGCCUACAUCGUUCAGAAUAUUGCCAAAAGUUACAGUGAAAGGAUGUCUGCCGAAUGGAAAUGCAUCUGUCGCAAUCAGGACGAAUGCCGGCGCUACUUGGAUCAGUUCAAGGUAUUUGAUCAUCCCUUGAAACAAUCGACGAUUACGAUUCUGGAGAGCAAGGGCACCCGAAUGAAGACGACGAAUAACAUUAGCGAGAGCAACAGCGGCUCGUCAUCAACCAUUUCGCUGGAUCCGCUCAGUUUGGCUCUGGAUGGUUCGGAUCCGUUGAGUCAGUUUGCCCGGCAGGACUCGGCUCAGGAUCCCCUUUCACAAAUGGCUGCCGAGUUUGAGGGUGGCCUGAGCGUGUCGGCAUCCAAGUCCAAGAAGCGGGAAGUGAGUAAUUUGCUGGAUUUGGAGCUGAUUGAACCCUGGGCCGGAAGGAGGGGUGCAAUUCUGAACAAAUACACGACCAACGAGAAGUUGUCGAUUGUGACGAGUUUCCUGAACGGAGGGGAAACUAUCAAAUCGCAAACGACUAUGUCCGAAAAGGUCAAGUACAGGUUGGAACAGCUGGAUGAGUUUGAGGAAGGAACGGUUCGGCAGAUGUUGGAUUUGUCGCAGCAGGAGUAUGUGAUCAAGAUUGAACAGUUGAAUCAUGAGCUGGUGCAGGCUUGGAAUACGGAUCAACGCGUCAAGGCAUUGAAGAUUGCGAUUCAGUGCUCCAAGCUGCUGGCGGACACUUCGGUUAUUCAAUUUUAUCCGUCCAAGUUUGUUUUGAUUACGGAUAUUUUGGACAUUUUCGGAAAGCUGGUAUAUGAACGACUGCUCGUUAAGGCUGAAAGCGUUCGUCCGGGUAGUAGAGAGUCAGCAGCAUUGCCGGAAAAUUUUACUCCCGAUAUGGUGCCGGAAUCGGCGAAGGAAACGUGCCAGAAUUGGUUCUACAAGAUUGCAUCCAUUCGGGAACUGCUGCCAAGAUUGUACGUGGAAAUGGCAAUUCUUAAAAGUUAUCGAUUCCUGACAGCCAACGAGUUCAGUUCCAUCCUGAUGCGGUUGACGCACAUGAUUCGUGGGAUUGGUGAUCCGCUCGUCAACGUUUACGCUAGAUGCUACCUGUGUCGGGUGGGAAUGGCCAUAACGACCGACCGCGAGUACAUCAAAGAGAACUUGAAUGAUGUUCUCAUGAUUUAUCAUACUAUCUUGAAUGGGGGCAUCCGCACGGAAAUUGCCAAGCAUCGAAUCACCCUUAACGGUUACGUUUCGCUGUUUUUGCCGGCGCUGGAUUGGCUCAUGCAAGGUGUUACGAUUCUGAGCACCGAUGCCCAGUUGGACGAUAUUCUGAAGAGAUGCCGCGACAAGAAACACCCGGCCCUGCUGAUGCAAUCGAUAAUGCAAUCCUUCCGGUCGGAUUUCAUUGCACUUCGAGCGGUGCCUUUCGUGGAAAUUCUGUCAUCUAUUUCGGUGGAAGGAUUAUCCCGUGGGCAUCUUUUGAGGAUUUUAGGAAGCAUUUUGAGUCACACGGCUCCACCCGCGGAACAGAGGGCUUUAGUUUUGAAUGCAGCCUGGCGAACGAUCAGUUCGAUGGGUAAUACGGACGAGUACAUUCAGUGCGCUGAGAUGUGGGCACAGUAUACGAGCCAGCAUUUUGGGCUUCGCGAAGUGAACGCUCUGAUGGGGGAUAUUCUGUAUCAUAUGACACCGAAUCGAGCAUAUGAACGACACUACCAUGAACUGCAGGUCAUUAUAGACAAGAUCGUUUCCAAUGCUCAAGAUAUCCAUGGAGUGCUGGCUUUGGACAACUUUUUGCCGAUGCUUGACAUAUUUCAGAAGGAGUCCACCAAGCUGGACGUAUGCAAGAGCAUUCUGACUAGCUACCGAACGGCUUCAACCGAUUCGUAUAUCUCGGACCCAGUAGUUACGAAUGCUCUGAUGUACAUCAGCAAGGUGCUGAACGAUUCUGUAAAUGCCCUAACGAGUGAAGACGAGCGUCGUCAAAUCAGCAACCUGAUCAGUCACUUCAUACGCAAGGUAGACUUCGGUCGUGACUUCGAGCAGCAGCUCUCGUUCUACGUCGAAGCACGUUCCGCCUUUUCCAACCUGGAUCCCGUUUACUCUACGCUCAUUCAUUGCGUGAAUCGCCUUGCCACUAGCACCCGACGCAUCGUUAAAGGCCAACAUACCAACAAGACGGCCGCUUUCGUAAAGGCCUGUGCCGCCUAUUGUUUCAUCACGAUUCCUUCGAUCAUCGAUGUCACCACUAGAAUGGAGCUGUACCUCCAAUCGGGUCAAGUUGCCCUGCUCAACAUAUGCCUACAGCAAGCGGACUCCUGUUUCGAAGCCGCCCUUAACCUCAUCCCUGAAAUUCCCCGCACCUACGAGCAAGACGGCAAAAUCCAAUCAAGCGAGCCUUUCCUCAAAUCGUUCCUAAUGAACUUCCUCUCAACGCUGGUCAUCGUACCGGAUAAUCCCACCCAAGGCGUUCUCUACCUUUUGAGGCUCCUACUUGAAGCAGUCAAGAAAUACCCCUUUGAACCCACCUCGGACACGCUGGCCUCGAUAUACCUGCACGUGCUGGAUUUCCUCUCGGUAGCCGCACAGGAGGUCUAUCCCUAUCACAUUGUGAACGUAAUCUCCAACGACGAACUGUACGGGUCGGAUCCGAAGUUUCUCGCAGAAAUCCACGCCAUCAGCUGCGAGGUGUGCGAUGAGGUACUGCAAAUCCUCAAACAACUCCUGGAAUCCAACGCAAUCCGACAACAGUCCCAGCUGGCACUGGACCUGUUCCUGAAGAUCAUCACAGGGGCGGAUCUGACGGUGGACCGCAUGUUUACGCUAACGUACAAUUUGUGGAACCUGGCGGCGAAGAACCGGAACACGCUGGAUGCGAAGCAAUUGCAAAAAGUACUCUCAUACACGGAACACCUAGCUGACGUGACACAUCUGGACUCACAGAAACAAUGCCUUCAUCUAUUGCUGGAAAAGAUGAAAUCACGGAUUUGAACUGUCCGAAAGAAAGUCUGAUUUACCUACGUACUGCGAGCAUUACUAAACUAGCUUUAUCUUCACUACGGAUCAAGAUAUUAUCAAAGUA